GGAGCCCAACCUGCUGAGGGGAGCCAACCCUCCUGUACCAGGAACGCUUCAGCAUCUACAAGGAGGACAGCUCUCGGGUUUACAGCUCUCCGUUUACCCGCCGAGGCUCCUGAACUGGAUUUCAGACUACCUGCCUAGAAGAGCCCGCCCCAAGGUGCCGAGAAUUCAGCACUGACCCCGGGGACAGCUCCAGGGGGCUUGAGCUGCGGGGAGGAACUGGACUUAAGGGUGAGGCAGCUGCAUCGGAACAUCCAGGGCUGACAGCUCCCGAGCGCGGAAUCCGGAGCCAGAAUCUAAGCCGCUGGAGCUGGAAUAUUUGGCAUGGAGAGCCCAGGAGGCGGCGGCAGUGGAGAAGAGGAGGCGGCGGCGGGGGUGGCAGAGGCAAUCAGGCUGUGCCGGGCUCUUAGCCGGGAGGGCGCCGGCUCCGCUAAGCCCCCCAAGCACCUGUGGCGGCAACCGCGGACCCGAAUCCGCAUCCAGCAGCGUUUUCAUUCGGACACAGACAAGUACCUAACGGCUAGAAGCUCCCGACCCGGCCUCAGGAAGUCCCGGCGCUCAUGGCCCUCCUCAUUCCACAAGCGCGGCGGCAGCGGCGGCAGCGGCGGCGGCGGCUCCCACCGCUUUGACCUCGAAAAUGGCCUCUCUUCGGGAAGGAGCCCCCUGGAUCCACAGACCAGCCCUGGCUCAGGCCUCGUCAUCCAGGGCAACUUCCCUCACAGUCAAAGGCGAGAGUCUUUCCUCUACCGAUCAGACAGCGACUAUGACCUCUCCCCCAAGGCCAUGUCCAGGAACUCCUCUAUUGCCAGUGACUUACAUGGAGAAGACAUGAUUGUGACCCCGUUUGCCCAGGUCCUCGCCAGUCUACGAACAGUCAGGAGCAACUUCGCCGUGCUGACUCGACUACAGGACCGCGUGGCCAAAAUGUCAGAGCUGGGAGGACCAGCGAGUGACCUGCAGGUCCCUUCCACAGAGGAUGCCUGCCAGAAGCUGGCCAUGGAGACCCUGGAGGAGCUGGACUGGUGCCUGGACCAGCUGGAGACCCUGCAGACCCGGCACUCCGUCAGUGAGAUGGCCUCCAACAAGUUCAAGCGGAUGCUUAACCGGGAGCUAACUCACCUAUCAGAGACCAGCCGCUCUGGAAACCAGGUGUCCGAGUAUAUCUCCCGGACCUUUCUGGAUAAGCAGCAUGAGGUGGAGCUUCCCUCCAUGCCAGUGAAGGAGAGGGAGAAGGAGAAGGAGAAAGAGAAAGAGGAGCGGCCAAUGUCUCAGAUCAGCGGCGUUCGAAAGCUAACACACGGCUCCAGCUUCUCAGCAGCCGCCAUUCCAAGAUUCGGAGUUAAGACUGACCAUGAGACGCUGUUGGCAAAGGAGCUGAAAGACACAAACAGGUGGGGUCUGGAUGUAUUCAAGGUGGCUGAGCUCUCUGGGAACCGCCCACUGACAGCCAUCAUGUAUAGCAUCUUUCAGGAGCGAGACCUGCUAAAGACCUUCCGGAUACCAGCAGACACUCUGGUCACCUACCUACUGACCCUGGAGGACCAUUACCACGCUGAUGUGGCCUAUCACAACAGCAUCCACGCAGCAGACGUAGCCCAGUCCACCCACGUGCUCCUGUCCACGCCAGCGCUUGAGGCUGUUUUCACCGACCUGGAAAUCUUGGCCGCCAUCUUCGCCAGCGCCAUCCAUGACGUGGAUCAUCCCGGGGUCUCCAACCAGUUUCUGAUCAACACCAACUCUGAACUGGCCCUCAUGUACAACGAUGCCUCUGUCCUGGAGAACCACCACUUGGCCGUGGGCUUCAAGUUGCUCCAGGAGGACAACUGCGACAUCUUCCAGAACCUCAGUCCCAAGCAGCGGCAGAGCCUGCGCAAGAUGGUCAUUGAUAUGGUGCUGGCUACAGAUAUGUCCAAGCACAUGAAUUUGUUGGCCGACCUGAAGACCAUGGUGGAGACCAAGAAGGUGACAAGCUUGGGUGUCCUACUGCUGGACAACUACUCGGACCGGAUCCAGGUCCUGCAGAACAUGGUGCACUGCGCCGACCUCAGCAACCCCACCAAGCCCCUGGAGUUGUACCGCCAGUGGACAGACCGAAUCAUGGUGGAGUUCUUCCAGCAAGGAGACCGGGAGCGAGAGAAAGGCAUUGAGAUCAGCCCCAUGUGUGACAAGCACACAGCCUCCGUGGAGAAGUCCCAGGUGGGUUUCAUUGACUACAUCGCACACCCUCUGUGGGAGACCUGGGCCGACCUGGUGCACCCAGACGCCCAGGAGAUCCUCGAUACGCUGGAGGACAAUCGCGAAUGGUACCAGAGCAUGAUUCCCCGGAGCCCGGACGGCGGCGGCCACGAGGCCAACCUGGCAAAAGGCGGUGGGGCUGCUGACAAGUUCCAGUUCGAGCUGACCCUGGAGGAAGAGGAAGGAGAGUCGGACUCAGAGGCCGAAGAGCCCGGGAGCCAGGCAGAGGAAGGAGAGGAGGAGAACAGUGGCAGCGACUCCAAGACCCUGGCCACAGACGACUCGGAAUCAGCAGAGGUGGAGCCGCUGUCUCCAGAAGAGGAGGCGAGUCCCGUGGAAGAGAAGGAUCAGCCCCAGGAGUCUGGGCCCCUGGAUAAUGAGAGGACGCUGUCCCAGGCCAGGGCCAAGAGCCUGCAGGAGGGGGACGGGGCUGUAGAUCAGGAAGGCAACCUUACAUUCUACCCCCUGGGAACGUAACAGGCAUGACUGCCCUCUCCCCUCCAGUCCCGGAACCACUUCCCAGACUUUAUGACUUGGGGUAGGGGAGGGGAUAUUAUAUUAAAGAAUCCCCCUCCCAUCUCUCCCCUCUCCUCCUAGUCCCUCCCCAAACCCCUGAUCUAAACAACUAAAAACAUGAGGAACCAUCCCUUUCAAGCCAGAACUGGGGCCCAGAGAGAGCUGGGAUGCUUGGUCUAGACCUGGCUGGUCCUCUGGCAUCAUCACAGCUCCCCAGCGGUAGGGGCAGAAUGGAAGGAAGAAAGAAGACAGGUGGUUGGAGUUCAUUGGGGGAACCGCAGCUAGGUGGGAGGGAAGAGCCUAGAGUAGGAAGAGAAAUUGAGAAAAGAAGAAAAAUGCUUUGUGAACAGAGCUAUCCAGCAUUAGAAUGAAUUGGCUUAAAAGGAAGUUAGCCUCCCGGUCGAGUGGAGGCAUCCAAGCAGACAGAGGCCAGUAGGGGGGAUUUCUGCUUGGGAGAAACUAGAUCUUGUCUAAAUUCCUGUGGUAUUCGGGUGGCCUGUUCGCUAGCAGGGGUGGGGGCGAGGGGUUUACUGUGGUCUCUUGGAGCCUGUUUUCCUCAUUUGUAAAAAUGUGGGUUCAAUUAGGUGAUCUCAGAGGCCCUUUCCAGUUCUAGACCAAAGUGGCUUAGAACCUGGUCAUCACAAGUUUGGCCCGUGCCUGGUACUCCAGCCUCCCGCCUGCCAGCUCCUGCCCCUCUGCCAACUCAUCUGGAUAGCCGAGAGUAGCUAGUGCCUUUCACUGACCCCAUGGACAGUGCGUGGCCCCUGGUAGGAGAAAGAGUGUCUCACCCCAAGAGCUCUCAGAGGUGAGAAAAAGGGCCCCCUGAGAAGGUAGCAGCAGCAGGGGCUGUUGGGAAGAGGAUGAUGAGAGAGGAAGUCUCUGGAAAAUAGAGUUUGGCUUAAUGUUGAGAAGCCCCAAGGCUGGUCUCCACUGGGACUGGCUGCCACGGCAUCAUUGAACUCUCCAGCCCUGGAGGCCUUCCAGCAAAGGCCGAUGAGUGCCAGAGAGGUUGUAGAGGGGAUUCGUAUUGGAUAAAGGUGGAACUAGAGCCCCCCGUGAAUCCCCCUGGUUCAGAGAUGCUCCAAUUCUGGGCCAGGCUCCGGGAAUUGGGGUUGCCAGCUGCUAGUAGUGGUUUUUCCCAGAGGCGUGAUUCCUCUGUCCACCUGGGGCCCAGAUGAGCUAUUGCCAGGUACUGACCCCAAUUCCAGGGGGAGAGAAGGCAGUGGGCACAGACGGAACUCUGCUCCUCCCCCACCUCCCCUCCUGUCCUCCAUGCGGGUGGCUGUAGAAGCACCUUGGACACUGCCAUUUAAUUUAUUUUGACACUGGCUCACAGGUGUUUUUAAGAUUUUUUUUUUUUUUUUUUUGUAGCUCACUUUUUUUUUUAAGUAAAGACUUGGUCACACACGCACAUACACAGCUCCAGGCCUGCUUGUCCAAGGAGGACCCAGGCUGUAGAAUGCUGAGUGCUCAGGCUGGCCUUUUGCCCAGGGGCCAGAGGGAAGGCUGCUCUAGUUGGUGGGAUCCCCUGGCUCAGAGAGGGGAGAGGGUUGCUUUUUGGUGUAGUGGGCAACUCGGGAGUUCUGAGUUCAAAGCCUAGCUUUGCCCCUACCUCACUGGGCAAGCCAUUUCCUCUCAGGUGGUCUCGGUUUCCCCAACUAUAAAUUGGGGAGGGCAGGAGGAACUCGAUUUUCAAGUUUUCUUUUGCCUCUGACAUGUCCUAAGGCCCCUCCCAGGUUUGACAUUCUGUGUUCCAUGAGUCCUCCCAGCUCUGACAUUCUCUAAGGGCCCUCCCAGUUCUACAGUUCUGUGUUCUACGUUCUAAGGUCUCUCUCAGCUUCCACCUUGUGAUCUGUGUUCUAAGAUCCCUCCCAGUAUUGUGGUGUGUUCUAAGG